GCGCCGACAAAAUGGCAAUGACCAAGCGCAUCAAGCCGAUGGCGCCCGGGCUCGCGCUGCCGCAGCACCUCGUCGAGACGAUCAUGUGCUACCUCGACACGGCCACCGCCUUCUUCUCGGCGCUGCGGACGCUGCCUCGCGCUGGCAAGAGCCCGUUCCUCGUAGCACUGGAAGAGCUCACGGCCGAGGUCCCGCCGUGGAUGCUAUGGCCCAUCCUUGACGUCGGGUGCGCGGCCGAGGCGUCGAUUGGCCACGAAGCGCUCUUCGCGCGCGUGCUCCAGAGCCAUCCGUACGUGCUCAUGAACGACGGCGAGCCAGAAAAGUACCUGCCACUGGUCUCGCCCAGUGCGGACGUCGUACUCCCCGACUACAACAACAGCGUCGCCACCCUUGCGCCGUCGUCAUUGGCGCGCGUGACCAACUUUCAAAUCAACUUGGUGUCGCUGCGCACAGUGGCGACGUACGUUGCGCACGCGCCGCGUCUGCGCGCCAUGAGCCUCACGGGGACGCUCAAUGCGCUAACCGACGACGAGUCGGCGCUCGAUCAUUUGUUUGCCUGUACCAAAGCGACGCUGCGCCGGAUGGAGCUGAUACUGUACUGUGACUCGAUCCAGCGCCGUCACGCUGCCAUCGAGGCGCUGGCCCACGUGCUGGCGACCUUUCCUGUCGAGACGCUGUACAUACACAAUCUGUCGGUGUCGGUGACCGAGGCCAAAAUGCUCUAUGACGCCAUGCGCGCGUCGCCACGCCUCCAACGUCUUUACUUUAUCGCGAGCGCGCAGCUGGCUCGGUACGUCACCGCGUGGGCGACACCACAGACGUGCUUGCGCUACCAUGCCCACGACGCAGCGUGCGUCGUCUCGACGAAAUCUGCCUUGUCGUCGGUGACGACCUGGACCAUCGACGGCGAAUGGAGCGAGAUCAAGGCCGCCGUUUUGACGCUAAGGACCAUGCAGCACGUCCGUGAGCUGCAUGUCAUGGUCCUACCGGGGCCGGUUCAUCCCACCGAGUACAAAAAGUUGCUCGAAGUCAUCGAGGCGCUGCCGCUGCGCAAGCUGAGUCUACUGGGCUUCGAGUGCCUCACGACACCGGCGAUCAAAGAGCUAAUGGCAUGUCUGCGCCGUCAAGGCACUCUGCGGUCCUUGCACCUCAUCCAGUCCAGUCUCUCAGCGGAUGCGCUGGCGACGCUCGCAGCAACCGUCCCGAUGCUUGGCCACAUCAAGCACAUGGACUUGAGCGACAACGACUUCAGCGACGACCAAGUCCCGAGCCUCCAGGUGCUGCUAUCUCAUCUUGCGCAUCUCAACUUGCAUGGGACCAAGCUCUCGAGUAGCGCCACCGAGCGCUUGAAGCGAUAUGCGCUCGACGUCUUGUGCCACUUGUCGAUCGACAACGGCGACAUCAACGAGGAAUACUAAGUAGCACGAUAUCGCUUGCUCGAUUUGUGCUACAACGAGAGAACAAGCAAGCUACUGGAUGAGCCGAGUGGGCUGGGCAUUGUGCGAAGGACGAA